CAAGAUGCCCCACCAAUGAGCAGCACACGAUGCCAAAAAUGUGAGGAAAGAGCCUCCCUGUUUGGCUUAACAAAUCCUCCUUUUUUAAGAAACAGAUGACACAGAAAAGCUUGAGUUAUCUCGUGGAGGGCACAGAGUAGUGUUGUGUAGUUCUCUGAGCAAAUAUAUUUAACUCUGCAACGUUCUUUGAUUCAGGGGAACGUGCCUCAAUAAUUCAACCAGCAGGGACAAAUUUAAUUUUAAGGAGAAAUAUUGUUUCUCCAGACAAGAGAUACCAAAACCUUUAGGGACCUGAAGAGGUAGAAUAUAAAGAAGGACAAAGUGGGGAAGAGGGUUGAGAAGGAAACUACAGACAUGGAGCAGAGAGAAAACUACAGCAGCCUGCACGAGUUCACAGAGGAGCCCAGACCGGGAGCGAACAGGCUCAUCACACAACACAGCGACGGCUCCCAGGGACUGAAGCAAGGCGUUGAGUGUUUGAGGAGUAAGACUUCUCUCCUGAUACUUAUUGGCUUUUUGGCCUCCAUCUGUGGCAACAUCGUACUCGCUGUGCUCUUGAUUAGUAGGCCGGUGCUGCCGGCCCCACUGGAGUCUUCCUCCUCUUCAGCUCUGGGUUUGAAAUCGAUGCAGAGGCGUUACAUCCAGCUGUGUGAAGACUACACCGCCCUGGGACAGGACUGUUCAAAGACAGUUAAGCAGUGCAGGGAGUGUCCUGAAGGUUGGCUUCACAUCGGGAAUCAGUGUUACUAUUUCAGCAAUGACAGGCUGGACUGGGUGAAGAGCAGAGACAGCUGUGAAGAAAUGGGCAGCCAUCUCACCAUACUGCACACCAUAGAACAGCAUGAUGCUCUGGCAAAGGAAGCUAAGAGAAUUGGUGGAUUUUAUUACCACUACUGGAUCGGCCUGUCUGACAUAGAGACUGAAGGAGAGUGGAGAUGGGUGGACAACACGACACUCGAACACAAAUACUGGGAUCAAGUGAGCUCAGAGCCAGAUAACCACCACUCAGGAGGGGAACACGGAGAGGACUGUGCCACCUUAGACAGCCACUCCAAGACAUGGUUUGAUGUUCCUUGUGAUCACAUUUAUAAACGAAUCUGCCAGAUGGAUGCCAUUCAGCUCAACUGAAUCCCUACACCACUAAAAAUGAUGCAGACCUGCGAAGGCUGGAUAUGCAAGACGAGAAAAUGAAUGAGGACAUGUUUGGGAUUACAGAAAAUAGAUGUCGGCACUAAAAUAAGCACAGUUUUGCUUUUUUGUUUUGGGUUGUUUUUUGUAAGCUCACAGUUGCUGAAAAGCUGCACAUUAUGUUGAGAAAGCUUGUUGGAGAUUAAGCUGUUCACUGAAAGAGAUCCUUUGCUUAGUAGUGCACUGAUUUUACACAAGGACGUGAAUAUUUUUUAAAAAAUGUGAGACCAUGACAUCAGGUGGCAAUUUUUGACUUUACAAUGAACUCGUGUAGUUUCAGAGUUGCACGGUCUGCUGGGAAAUGAGCAUGAAUGUUGUCACUGUGUCACAUUUUUUUAAUCUGUCUGCUGUUGAGGGCUGCAAAAUGCUUUAGAAAUAGCACAGUAGGGUUUGUUGGGUGCCAAGCAGCGGAUGUCCUAUUUUGACCUUAUCUUAGAAAUCCACCUUACCUUAUCACACAAAACCCAUGACAGCCCGUAAAACCCUGUGUAAAAAAAAAAAAAAGUUAUGAAGGUGAUUUGAUUCUUUUAAUCGAGUUUUGUGCAUACACAGAAGUUGCGUUUUUUUAAAACUGAGGAUUUCAAUUGAAUUUCAGUCGAAAAUGGCUGCAAAACAGGAAAUGAGAUAAUAUCUCGGCAAUGCUUUGAUGUGUAAACGUGGUCAAGUGUUUCGACUUACAUCUGAAACAUCUGGUGGAUAUGGUGUGUGUGUGUGUGUGUGUGUGUACGGGUUUCUACUAUCCUGGUGGGGACCACAACCUGACAUUUACUAUCCUGGUGGGGACUUUCUGCACCGUGGGGACCCAAGUCCAGGUCCCCACGGGGUUGAAAGCAAUUUUCACACUCAAAAUGUGGUUUUAGUGUCAGGGUUACAAUUAGGUUAUGGUUAGGUUUAGGGUAAGGGUCAGGGUUAGGCAUUCAUUUUUGAUGGUUAGGGUUAGGGUAAGCGGCUAGGGAAAGCAUUAUGUCAAUGGGAUGUCCCCACGAGGAUAGCAAACCCGCACGUGUGUGUGUGUGUGUGUGUGUGUGUGUGUGUGUGUGUGUGUGUGUGUGUGUGUGUGUGUGUGUGUGUGUGUGUGUGUUGCUCUGCUGAACUGGCCCUUCAUAUCUACUUUCAGCUACAGUAUAGUUUCUUAGUAUUUUCCCUUUAUGAUGAACCAUGUUGCUGGUCUGGAGUAUUCUAUAUUUUUAUGUAUGUACACUUGUAAAUCAAUAAACUAUAUUUUAUCAUCUAC